UGGUGUGGCCUGCGCCUGCUUCCUAUUACGGGUGCUCCGGGCACUGCCGGUUUGCGCCCAAAGCUUGCUGAGGUCGGCGCGACUCACGAUGCGUAGCGGGCAGCCUGCGGCGGGGGCCCCGGUGCGCCAGUUCACCAACUGCCGCAUCCUGCGCGGCGGCACGCUGCUCAGGGAGGAUCUGUGGGUGCGCGGGGGCCGCAUCCUGGACCCAGAGAAGCUGUUUUUUGAGGAGAGGCGCGUGGCUGAUGAGCAGCUGGACUGCGGAGGCCGCAUCCUGGCGCCCGGCUUUAUCGAUGUGCAGAUGAACGGUGGAUUUGGUGUUGACUUCUCCAAAACCACGGAGGAUGUGGGUUCUGGGGUCGCCCUAGUGGCCCGGAGGAUCCUGUCCCAUGGUGUCACCUCCUUCUGUCCCACCCUGGUCACUUCCCCACCAGAGAUUUAUCACAAGGUCCUUCCUCAGAUUCCUGUGAAGAGUGGAGGUCCCCAUGGGGCAGGGGUCCUCGGGGUGCACUUGGAGGGCCCAUUCAUCAGCCGAGAGAAGCGGGGUGCACACCCUGAGGCCUACCUCCGCUCCUUUGAAGACAAUGCUUUUCAUGAUGUGCUGGCCACAUAUGGGUCCCUGGACAAUGUCCGCAUUGUGACACUUGCCCCUGAGUUAGAGCGGAGCCAUGAAGUGAUCCAGGCAUUGACAACCCAAGGCAUCCGUGUGUCUCUAGGGCAUUCAGUGGCUGACCUGGGGGCUGCGGAAGUAGCAGUGCAGAGUGGAGCCACCUUUAUCACCCACCUUUUCAAUGCCAUGUUGCCCUUCCACCACCGUGACCCAGGCAUAGUAGGACUUCUCACCAGUGACAAGCUUCCCCCAGGCCACUGCAUCUUCUAUGGGAUGAUUGCUGAUGGCAUACACACUAACCCCGCAGCUCUGCGCAUUGCUCAUCGGGCCCAUCCCCAGGGACUGGUGCUGGUCACGGAUGCUGUCCCUGCCCUGGGCUUGGGCAAUGGCCGCCAUACGCUGGGACAGCAGGAGGUGGAGGUAGAUGGACUCAUAGCCUACAUUGCAGGCACCAAGACUCUGUGCGGCAGCAUAGCCCCCAUGGAUGUGUGCAUCCGGCAUUUCUUGCAGGCCACAGGCUGUAGUGUGGAGUCGGCUCUGGAAGCUGCGUCCCUCCACCCUGCCCAGCUGCUAGGGCUGGAGAAGACCAAGGGGAGCCUGGACUUCGGUGCUGAUGCAGACUUUGUGGUGCUCGACGACACCCUCCAUGUCCAAGCCACGUACAUCUCGGGUGAACUGGUGUGGCAGGCAGAGGAAGCUGGGCUGUGACUGAGGAUCUUGACUGGAGAGGACACUUGGCUCCAGCUGGACACUGACAGGCCAGGCAGUCCAGGGAGCUGGUCUCCAGGGAGCAAGCUGGGAGCCUUGCCCCAGGUCUCACACACAACCUCAUCACUCCACUGAAGGGGAGGAGUAGGAGGCGUAAAUACAGACAACAGGACUUGCCUUAUUGGAGUUGUUUUCUGAGUUGUUUAUAUUCUGCAGAGCUGCUGGUGUUCACUGUUACCCUGGGGCCUUAUGGGACCAGGAAGGGUUGGAUAUACCAUACAGGACCUCCUCUGUAGGCCAGAUCUGUUUUGAGGCCUGCAGACCCCCAGGAAGAUGUUUGGGUGGGAAGUAAGUGGGAUGAGCUUGGAGGGAAGCCACUGGGAGAGGCUGGAGACAGUAAUCGUGGAUGGCUGACCCUGAGCUAGAUGGGCAAAAUGGAAGCCGUAGCUCCAGACUCUCUGUGGCAAUAUUCAGGAGAGUGUCCAUAUGCUGGCCUCAGGACCUGGGGUUACUUAGCAAUGAAUGCAGGAAUAGGUGCCUUAAGGGCCUCCAGUUUGAGCCUAGGACUCCUCCCACUGCUCCCUAACCUGCCAGACCUGCCUAGCACCUUCUUGGAUAAUCAAAAGUUCCAUUCCCUGUGGUGUCUUCUUUCAAAGACCCCAAGGGCUGAGAAAUCCCCCUUAUUCCCAUGAUUGGUGGCUGUGGUAUGCCCUGCCUGCUCUGCUAGUACCUGUGCAGGGUAUCUGGACCCUAGACUGCCUUCCUCUCACGUGGGAAAUGUGGUGCCGCAGGCUCCCUGGAAACAUCAUUGCACGGCCUUUGGGAAUUCCUCUGACUUUAAGGAUGGCUGUGAUUGAUGUAGGCAGAUGUGCCUGAGGUUGGAGGUCAGGUCUUGGAAUGCCUCCACUUUGCAUUUGUUUCCUGGAGUUGUUGCCCCCACCCUGUCAUUUAUAUACUUGGUAUAUAAAGGUAUAUAAAGUAUUUCUUUAUAAGCCACCUUUUUAUACCAGGUCAAAGUUUGAGAAAUAUUUAAAGAAAGAGAGAAAAAAGUAGGCAAACAAAAUAAAUCACUUUUAAUAGCUACUGAGCAGGGCCACACCCCACUUGUCGCUUGGGACACUGUCAACACAAGAAAGCCAUCUUGAGGGAUCCCAGACUCAGUGGGGAGAAUAUAAUCUGCCCCAUUGCCACACCCCUCCACGUGAGCGUGAGUCACGUGGGGCCAGUCCCUCAGGACUCACCAGCCUAUGGAAACCUCCUCUGCU